AUGGAGCGGAGGAACCACAGUGGCAGAGUGAGUGAGUUUGUGUUGCUGGGGUUUCCAGCUCCUAUGCCACUGCGGGCACUACUGUUUUCCCUCUCUCUGCUGGCCUAUGUAUUGGUGCUGACUGAAAAUGGACUCAUCAUUAUGGCAAUCAGGAACCACCCCGCCCUCCACAAACCCAUGUAUUUCUUUCUGGCUAAUAUGUCCUUCUUGGAGAUCUGGUAUGUCACUGUCACUAUUCCCAAAAUGCUUGCUGGCUUCAUUGCAUCCAAAAAGAAUCAUGGACAGCUAAUCUCCUUUGAGGGCUGCAUGACACAGCUCUACUUUUUCUUGGGCUUGGGCUGCACUGAGUGUGUUCUUCUUGCUGUUAUGGCCUACGAUCGUUAUGUGGCCAUCUGUCACCCUCUCCACUACCCUGUCAUUGUCAGUGGUCGGCUGUGUGUGCAGCUGGCAGCUGGCUCCUGGGCUGGAGGCUUUGGAAUCUCCAUGGUUAAAGUUUUUCUCAUUUCUCGCCUCUCUUACUGUGGCCCCAACAUCAUCAACCACUUUUUCUGUGAUGUCUCCCCAUUGCUCAACCUCUCGUGCACUGACAUGUCCAUAGCAGAGCUCACUGACUUCAUCCUGGCCAUUUUUAUCCUGCUGGGGCCCCUCUCUGUCACUGGGGCUUCCUACAUGGCCAUUACUGGUGCUGUCACGCGCAUCCCUUCAGCUGCUGGACGCCACAAAGCUUUUUCUACCUGUGCCUCUCACCUCACUGUUGUGGUCAUCUUCUACGCAGCCAGUAUCUUUAUCUAUGCCCGGCCUAAGGCACUGUCAGCUUUUGACACCAACAAGCUGGUCUCUGUACUCUAUGCUGUCAUCGUACCAUUGCUCAAUCCCAUUAUUUACUGCUUGCGUAACCAAGAGGUCAAAAGAGCCCUACGCCGUACUCUGCACCUUUACCAGGGCCAGGAUGCUAACUUCAAUAAAUCAGAUAGAGACAGGUAG